CUGACAGUCCUCUCAUGGUGCAUUCCAGGAAGCUGCUCUCUUCGCUGAAUUAAAUCAUCUGACGCGCGCGCUGUCUCCCCACUCGGGUGGAAUGUGCGCGCGGUUCUCGCCGGUUAAUCGAGCAGCAGCAGCAGCAGCGGCGGCGGCACUGGUACUGAGGCAGAGGCUGCUUGAGGACUGAAUGUCGCACUGACUUCUGAGGGGACUCGCAGCCGAGACGGGGAAGAGGACAGAGAGGCUGUUAGGAUGGCUUCAAACUUCAACGAUAUAGUGAAGCAGAGCUACGUGAGGAUUCGGAGUAAGAAACUGGGGCUGCCUCCAGCUCCCGUAGCAGACGUAAGCGUGAGGCUGCCUCCGCUAGAAGUGCAGGCUACACAGGCUCUUCAGGACAUCACAAACCCCACCCCCUUCCCAUGGCCUACAGCAACAGCAGCUGAAGCAAAUAUCUUCAGAAGAUGCUGGCUUGUAUUCAAGAAGGCGUCCAGUAAAGGACCACGGCGAUUAGAGAAAUAUCCAGAUGAAAAAGCAGCUUACUUCAGAAGCUUUCACAAGAUAACUGAGCUCCACAACAUUAAGAACAUUACUCGAAUGCCACGAGAGACCAAGAAACACGCAGUGGCAAUUAUUUUCUGCGAUGAGAUGUCAAAGACAUUUGCCUGUGAGUCAGAGCUGGAGGCCGAGGAGUGGUGGAAGUUAUUGUGUUUGGAGUGUCUGGGCAGCAGACUUAAUGACAUCAGCCUGGGAGAACCGGACUUGUUAGCAGCAGGGGUGCAAAGGGAACAGAACGAAAGAUUUAAUGUUUACUUGAUGCCGACCCCAAACCUGGACAUCUACGGAGAGUGCACAAUGCAGAUCACCCACGAGAACAUCUACCUUUGGGACAUCCAUAAUGCCAGAGUCAAGCUGGUCAUGUGGCCACUCAACUCCCUGAGGAGAUACGGCAGAGACUCGACCUGGUUCACAUUUGAGUCUGGAAGGAUGUGUGAUACAGGGGAGGGUUUGUUCACGUUCCAGACCAGAGAAGGCGAGAUGAUCUAUCAGAGAGUUCACUCUGCAACACUGUCCAUCGCUGAGCAACAUGAACGCAUGAUGAUGGAGAUGGAGAAGAGCUCACAGACUCUUUCAAACGAGAGCACAUUAACAAAGUCGAUAUCUCUCCCGCGAAGCGCAUACUGGCACCACAUCACGCGUCAGAACAGCGUGGGAGACAUCUGCAAUUACCAAGGUACGAGCUUGACUAUGACGCUCAUUCCACGAGCGCAGACGUUUCAAAGCUUCCUUUCCGAGCAGACGGAGGAGGAACGGAACCAGGAGCAAGCGACGGCGGCCUCUAGCGGCUGCGACAGGAACUGCAGCAGCUCGCCGCUCCGUUGACUGCACUGUCACGGCUUGACGAGAGCCACGACUCACGGACAUUCCAAAGCUUUAGGAAGCUCGUAAUAGACACAUGUACAGUAUGAACUCUCUCUAUAUAUGUAUGUAUAUGUAUGACUUAAUAAUUAUUUGUAGAACGGUGUGUACACUAAAAAGAAAAACUCUAGGAGCCUCUUUUUGUACGUCGAAGAAAACAAAUGCCAAAAAGUUGUACCAUAAUCUUUAUUUUCCUUGUGUAGUUUAAGACAAGUUAUUUUUCAGAUUUACUGUAAAUAUUAAUGCGCUGUAGUGCUUCACACCACAAGUUUCUUGCAUUUGUGUCUGUCGUCGUGACACUUAGAUUCUGUCAAACAAGAUAGUCUGUCUGUUUGUGUUUUAGCACCCUGCACUUUUAAAUUAGAGCUUGUUUUGCACUUUUGUCAUUUGCUUUGGGUUUCAAUAUGUGCAGCCGUGUUGUCUGUAGAUGCGCGCAGUGUGGGAAAUGGGGGAAAUGUAUACUUUUAAAGGGAUAGUUCACCCAAAAAUGGAUAUUCUGUUCACUUUCCAAACUGGUAUGACUUGCUUUCUUCUGAGGAACACAAAAGAAGAUAUUUUGAAGACUGCAGGGAUGCACAUUUCCAUCAGAAGCACUGUAAAUGUAUCAUAAAAGUGUCCACGAUACUCGAUUCUGAUUCUGUUGUGUGUUGAACAGACUCAAAUUAAAGUGGUUAUUCAGUGCUAAUCUUUUAGCUCCCGGAUACUGUGUUUAAAUCAUGAACAAAUCACAGAUCUUUUCAAUGAAUCAGUUGAUCUAGUUCACUAAAACAGUCCGAAUGAUAAGUAUAGGCUAAGUAGCCUAUGUUCACAUUAUUUUUUAUUUUUUUUUACAUUUUUGGACGAACUAUUCCAUUUAAUAUUUUCCCCCUCAUAUUAUAUGAAAUUAAUUUCUGAAAUGUGUCUACACACUGGACGAGAGGUUUGGUUAUUCUGAAUCUUCUCACACUGCAGAAGAAGUGCCUUCAGACUCUGCUAGCCUGAGACUCUGGCUAGAACGCUGAUUAUAUUAGCAUCCUGCAUAAUCUUUAUGACUGAAUUACGUUUAUACGUUGACACUGCAUUUGUUUAAAAGCAGAACAAAAUGUCUAUUCUCUCCCUGCAGGAAAAUCCUUUUCCAAUAACUCUACUGAAUGGGUUUCAGAGUUUCUAAUGGUCUUGAUAGUGGAUGAUAGAAGUGUGCACAGAAACAAUAAUGCAUUCGGUGUGACAAUCAAUUCAGAUUUACUCUACCAUAAAAUACCUUUAAAUGACGUUGAAUGACAAAAUGAUGUUUUGUCUAAUUGUGCUAGAAAAACCAGAAUAACAACACAAAUGUUCAUGUCAUGACUCAUGAUGUGGAGCUAAAGGUUUGAGAAGCACAUGAAGACCCCCCCGCCCCUCCCUACAUGUAAUAAUUUACUCAGAUUUCAUUCUAGUCAGCGUUUAGUAGCACUUGAAUGUGAAUUAACCUUUUAUUGCAGUGUGCAUUGUUCUUCUUUUAAAAUGUCUUUUAAAAGGGAAUGCCCUUUUCUAAGGGGAUUUCUAAGGGAUAUUUGGUCAGACACUGUUUUAAUCCAUGAUAUUCCAAAUUUUGCCAGCUAUGAACAUAACAUGGAAAUUCCCUUUGGGCUUUUUCAGGAAUCAUUUCUUGUAUAAUGUCUUUCUGAUUGUGUUAAAGCAUUUACACAGGUUUCAGUUUGUGUGUGUACGCUUAUUUGUAAUUGUGUGUUGUUUUUUAAAUCCAUGUUUUAUUUUAUGGCAUUAAGUAGAAUUUUGUCCUGUGUGGAUAUGUCAAUGUUUACUGAGUAAAAUAAACUGAAUGGAAUUUACAUAAA